CAGAGUUUACGCAGAAAAGCCAUUGGAUUUCUAUCGAAGAUAAAUAGUGCUAGCAAACCACACCUUAGCAACUGGAUUUAGGAACUUAAAUCUUAUUGUAAUUUUGUCUUUAUCAGUUGGACGUUUUUGGAGAUAAAGAAUGGCUUCUAGAGGGACAUCAGAAACAACCAAACUGAGACAAAACAUGGAAGAACAGCUGGACCGGUUAAUGCAACAGCUUCAGGAUUUAGAGGAGUGCAGAGAAGAACUUGAUGAGGAGGAAUAUGAAGAAACCAAAAAAGAGACACUAGAACAGUUGAGCGAGUUCAAUGAGUCAUUAAAGAAGUUGAUGUCUGGGAAUAUGACACUAGUUGAUGAACUGGGGGGAAUGCAACUGGCGAUCCAAGCUGCCAUCAGUCAGGCAUUCAAGACGCCAGAAGUCAUUCGGCUGUUUGCUAAAAAGCAGCCAGGGCAAUUGAGGACAAGGCUGGCUGAGAUGGACCGUGAUGUGAUGGUUGGUAAGCUCCCUCGAGAUGUGUACACUCAGCAGAAAGUGGAGAUCCUCACGGCUCUGAGAAAACUUGGCGAGAAGCUGACAACAGAGGAUGAAGCGUUUCUUGCUGCGAAUGCUAGUGCCACUCUGAGCCACUUUGAGAAGGUGACUGCGAGCCUGGGAUCUGAAGAUAAGAUAAUGGCAUUGGCCAGUUCUGGAGUUGGGAAGACCCCGACAUAAAGGUUUACUAGGAUUGACAUUUAAUGUGAGUGUGGCCUAAAUGCUGUCCAUUCAUUUUACAGUAUUUUUUUUUUUUUAAACAAUGGUUGCAAUUUGUACAUUUAGGAACAGAACUGUCAGAUGACGUCAAUGUGGUCACAACCUAAAGUAUGUACAUUAGGAUUCAUCAGAUGGCUGUAUUGUAUACAUCCUAUACAUUUUAUGUUUGAUUGUACAUUUUGAUUUUGGGUACAGUGAAAAAAAGUGUUUACAUUUUUAGUGAAAUGUCUCAAACAUUUAUAAAAGCUCAUUUUAGAAUAGUUAUUUUCUGAAUACAGAGAGGUAAGAUUGUCAAAAAAGAUUCUUUUUUUAACCCUCUGGUUGUAAUGUAAUUUAUUAACCUUAUCAUCAAGCUGUUGCCAAUAAGCCUUUUGGUACUAGUAUUUGAUAGUAAAAUAGACUGUAAUUACUAUGCAUUUUAAUUUUGUUUGUCUUAACCUUUUUUAACCAGUGUGAUAUUUGUAAAUACUUUGUAUUUGAAUAUAUUUGGUGACCAACAUCUUAAAAGUUGUCAGUGUUUUGUCUUUUCUCUCUUUACAACUUUUUUUUGCAAUGCAUUUGGUUGAAAAAAAGAUAGAAAACAGGUUUAAUUUCUGCAAAUUCUAUUACAGGAUUGUGAGCUUUGGAAAAUCAUUAUAUGUAAAUGUUUAUAAACCUUAUAAAAAAAUUCCACACUACCAAUUUAAGUUAAUAUUAAAAAAUGGUUUGUCAAUCUAAUCAUUUUACUAUGACAUUAGCAGGGUUCUAUCUUCUCUGACCCACUGAGACGUUUUAUAGAUAUGAAUAUUGUUCAUUUUUCAAGCACUAGGUGGCACUAUAGUCCUGGCAACAUUACUGUGGUUUGUAAUUCACCUUCAUCAAAGAGGCCUUGUUAAAGAUGAAAUACAUGAUGAAAGAUCAAGGUGAAUGAUUGAAAUUUUUCGGAUAUAGAAAUAUAUUUUUUCCUUCAAGCUUUAAAGAAACGAGGAUGGUAGAAGCUUUUAAACUGUUACACUACUAUUGAUUAUUUUAAUUUAUAUACAUUUAACUUAUAACAUAUAUAAUACUGUAUUGUAAAAAUAUUUUUAAAAUUACAUACACACAUUUAUAUUACAGUAAAUAUAACAUUCAAAUACAUUAAUUCAUAAAAACAAGAUUGUGUUAAUUAAAAGGUAGACAUAGACAAACUGUGUAUCAUAUAUAAAUAUAAAUCAAAGUAAUCGAAACUCCCAACACAACUUUAUUCCCAUCUCAUCCUUUAUUUUGUUCAUGAGCAAGCAUCAACUUCACUAUAAUUAUUCCUCUGAAUAAUAGAAAAGUGAAUGAGCUGGAAGGCAGCAUCCAACAGUUCUACAACAUCCCCGGUUUUCAUUUCUAGAGCAAAAAAAUAAAAGUAAUUCAAAACGUGAACAAUGACCACUGAAGGCUGCAAAUCUGAGACAGAUAAUCUUUGAUUCAGUAGUAUCACCAGUAUCCUGUCCCAUCUACUCCACUCCAAACCCACAGUACCAUGUGCCAGUUACAGGAAAUAUUUAUAUCUUGUGUUAUACAUGCAAAGACAAUGCCCCAUAAGACACCCACCAUCUGCAGCCGUUCACACUCAGCACAGACUGCUUAUUUAUUAUGGAAAGUUUCUGCGCCAGCGUCUUAAAAUCACAUUGUUCGAAAUACAAUUCACAUGAUUUUUCCCUUGAGAACCUGCAGAUGAAUAUUUGUAUCAGGGGAAAGGAGGGAAGAUACAAACGAUUGUGCGAUUUUCAGUACAAACAUUGAUUAUACUAAAUUUGGUCUCAUGGAAUGGUCUACAUCAAUCAAACGGUUUUUAAAAUGAUUGCGAAAACACUGUGAGAGACUAUUAUAUUUGUGUGAGAAAUCAUUAUGUAUUUGCUUCUUGUGAAAUUCAUGCUGCCCUCUACAGCGUUAUCAGGAGAUACACCUUUCACUAUACACCUAUUGUUAAACUCAUACCCACAUAUGCUGCCUAUAAUAAUGUACAUCUUUUCGAAGUGGAUUUCCUCAAACAUGAUUUAGUACAAUAUUCAUUGAUGAUACAGUAUGGACCUAGUUUCUCUACACAUCAACAUGAACACAAGACAUCUACUGUAUGCAGGACAAUUAAAACGUCCACUCUUGAUAAAACUAGCUGUUGAUCCCUAACAGAAAAUUAAAUAAAUCAAUAAAAUCACUUCCCCAUACCUGUAAGAAAUCUAAUAUUAAAUAAUUAUAAAAUGAGAAAAUUGCAACAACUAAAAUGGCAUGGAUGAGUGUUUGGUUAGUUGUGUUAUUAAUGCGCUGU